AUGGCAGGAGAACAAGAGAAGGGCAUCAACGACUGCGACGCUUUUGUAUGCGCGUUCGCCACGGCCAUAGCAGAGCGGAAGCCGGUGACGGCGACUCAAGCGCAGAUGCGAGAAUGGCGAGGCCGCCUCUUUGGGGCAAUGUUCGGCCUCGACGAUGCCCCCCAGACAGCCAGCCAGACAGCCCAUACUACCAGACGCCAAACGUGCACCCAUGCGCAAGGGCAUGAAGGGCCGAAGCAGCAAAAGCGAGACCAUAAGAGGCGCCAACUCCCCAGCAACGCAGAACCGGGGCGGGACGAUUCGGCGUCCGGCACCUACACCAUGUCGACUGGCCUUACGCUUCAACACUACAAAUGCGCAGUCAGCGGGCUCAACAUCUACUGCAUCGACCGGCGCAAGCCGCUCACCGAGAUCACGCUCAUGCUGGGUCAGUCGAUAGCCUGUCUGCAGGAAGUCGACGCGGAAACGUUUGGCACGGUGGUGGUGUUCGGCACGAAAAUGGUCACAGGCAACGAGGCUGAGGAUGGCAUCAUCAGCACAUAUUGUGGCUGGAUGCUCGGCCAACACGGCGAUUCGGCCGCCCAUUCUGAAGCUGUGCGAGCAGACCUGUUGACAGACGUGUAUGGCACGGAGAGGUCCGAGGAUGCUCCUCUCCUCGAGCGUGGCGCCAUGUUUCUGGAGUCGAGGAAGAACGGACCGCCGGGGAACGUCGGUCAAGCUUUUCGAAUGCCCGUGAAAUAUAUCCAUCCAGCCGCCCCUGAGCUAUCAUUCGAUUCGGGAGGUCUCACACCACGCCUUCGCGCGACAAAGAAGAGGACCUAUUUGGUGCGAACGCAACAUCGCACAAGAUCGCGUUCGACGACGAUCAUGCUACGCUGGGCGACGCAAUGCGCCAUAUCUACAUCAGCGGCAGGGAUUCGUGCGCGCUCAUCUAAAGGUGACUGGCUUGAACAUUCAAACUCAUGUGCGACGAGCUCAAGGAAUUUUCUAGAUGCCAAG